AUGCCCUCACCACAGCCCAGCUUCACUCGCAUGACGACCGCCAUCUCCAUCCCCACCCGCGGCAGCGGCAUUUCGGCGCCUGCCCACUUCAAUGGCUCCCUCCAGUCGACCCCCGAGGGCAUAGUGCCCAUGUCGUGCUCGCUGCCCGCCGUUCCUUCCUACACCCUUCCCGAGUCGCUCCUUCCGCCGCCGACAUCUUCGCCCUCCGCCAUGGCCGAGGCCCUGGGCAAGGGGCCAGGGCUGAUUCGACGAGUCAGCCGUGGCGCACAGGGCAUUCCCCAGCGAUUUCGCCGCGGCAACUCAAGCACACACCGCGACCGGAGCUCGGGGCCAGUCAUUAUGCGCCGACGCAGCGACAGCAGGACUGCCGCCGACGGCGAGGCCAGCAUCUCCGAUUUCGACGGAUUAGAAGAGGAGGAAGCAAUCGACGACACCUUCGGCGAGCCUGGCAAUGCCCUCGGUAUCCUAAGCACCAGGGCCAUUGUCAGCUCCAUCCCCGAUGCAUCCGUCAUUGCACCCGUUCGCAAUUCCCGUCUGGAGCAAGGCACCGUGCUUAAGAAGGUCACGAAGAAAGACUCCAAGGAAAUCAACCUGCGACUCGACAUGGAAUCUGCCAAGGUCUUCUGGGAUCCCUCUCGACCCUCCAAGUGCUUCUACAUCGACGACGUGAAGGAGAUCCGCUGUGGCCCUGAGGCCCAGCACUACCGUGAACAAUGCCUGCGUUCGGAAAACUGGGCCCCUUACUGGUUCACUAUCGUCUACACCGAUACCACACGCUCCAAAGGCCGCUUAAAAACGAUGAACCUGAUCGCGCCUGACGUUGGUGUCUUCACCAUGUGGACACAGACACUCAACUCAGUGUCACGAAACCGCAUCGACAUGAUGGCUGGCCUACUGGGCUUUGCUGACAAGAGUGCGAAGCUCGUUUGGCAACGCGAGACGAAGAAGCGCCUCAACGGUGGCGAAGGCGAAGUGUCUCUGGAUUUCCCAAGUAUCGCUCAGCUGUGCCGCAGCUUGCACAUCAACUGCACUGAAGCGACCCUUCGCGCGUAUUUCGAAAAGGCCGACGCCCAGAAGACUGGACAGCUAGACCAGUCACAGUUUCUGUUCUUCGUCAGACGUCUCAAGGAGCGUCAAGAUAUCAAGCAGAUCUUCAAGUCCUUUACCUCGGGAUCAAAAGAAAUGGACAAGGUCACCUUCUUCUCAUUCCUGCAACGCGAGCAGGGCAUUGACGUAAAUGCUCACCUCGAUUAUUGGACGGUCACCUUCGUAAAAUUCGCACGCGCAACCAGGCCUAGAACAACUCCAAUCGCAGGUGGCGAGAUUCCGCUUCCACCGACAAUGAACUUUCCCGCUUUUCAGACAUUCCUGACGUCAGCCGCGAACUCCAUCUUCAAACCUUUCAACUCACAAGCGCAGCUCAACCGACCAUUGAAUGAAUACUUCAUCUCCAGCUCACACAACACCUACCUUCUUGGUCGUCAGGUUGCAGGUGAAUCCAGCACUGAGGCGUACAUCACGGCUCUCCAGAAAGGCUGCCGUUGCAUCGAAGUUGACUGCUGGGAUGGCAGCGAUGGCAAGCCAGUGGUCAUGCACGGACGCACACUCACCAGCAGCAUCUUGUUCCACGACACGAUCAAGGUCAUCAACAAGUAUGCUUUCACUGAUUCCGCAUAUCCGCUCAUCCUUUCUCUUGAGGUGCAUUGCACGGAUAAUCAGCAAGCGCAAAUGGUCAGCAUCAUGGUUGCAGAGUUUGGCGACAAGUUGGUGCUUGAGCCGCUGGACCUCGAAUCUCAAGAACUGCCGACACCAGAAGAUCUGAAGCACAGAGUCCUCAUCAAGGUCAAGUCUUCUGCUAGUGAAGAUUUUGAUGCAAGGGCUUUGACGAACGAGCUUGCGAACAGGAGACGGGAGCGCAGCUUCAGUUCGCCCUGGACUCGGCCAGUAAUACUGAACGACCACGUCAUCCCCAACUCACCUCUCAUCUCAAGUCCUCCUUCCAUGAGCCCUCCAGAUCGCGCAACAACAUUCUGGUCGUCACCACGCACAUCAACCACUUCCACAAACAACACAGUACCAACAUCCGCCAUUGUCAGCUCGGCUGAAGACAGCGACAGCCCUCAGGUAACUGUUGCUGAAGAGACAAAGAAGUCUAAGAACCCCAAGACCAGCAAAAUCAUCAAACUUCUUGGCGAUCUAGGUGUGUACACUAAGGGAGUAAAGUUCAACGACUUCAACUCCUACGAAGCCAAGACGUUCAACCAUGUCAUCUCUAUCAACGAGCGCUCUUUCGAAAAGCUUACCAGGCCUGGGGCGCCGCAGAAGCAUAUGCUUGAGGAGCAUAACAUGCGCUGUCUCACUCGCAUUUACCCGCACGCUUACCGAAUCAACUCAUCAAACUUCGAUCCGCUCAAGUGCUGGCGACGUGGUGUCCAGAUGGCUGCUCUGAACUGGCAAACUUACGAUCUCGGACAACAGCUGAAUGAGGCCAUGUUUGCUGGUGGCAAUGACCGCACCGGCUAUGUACUCAAGCCUGCUGCAUUGCGUCCAGAGGGGCAAUUGUCGGCACUCGACCACAAGAAGGCGCCCAAGAAAGAGGUCAAGUUCACCGUCCAGAUCAUCUCUGCUCAGCAGCUACCGCGUCCCAGAGGACUGGGUCCAGACGCUAACAUCAAUCCCUAUGUCGAGUUUGAGAUGUAUUGUGCCGAGGACAUGGGCGCAAACGCCACUGGUGUUGGUGGACAGGACGCUUCUGCACGCAACGGCCACUCCGGCAUUGGCAACCCAUUGCGAAAGCGGACACGCAUCGUCGAAGGAAACGGCUACAACCCUGAAUUUGGCAACGAGAUCGAGAUGAAGGUUAUCACGCGAUAUCCAAGCCUGGUCUUCGUGCGGUGGACCGUCUGGAAUUCGCUCGAUGCUCGUACCACCAAUCACGCUCCCUUAGCUACCUUCACCGCCAAACUCAACAGCAUUCAGCAGGGUUAUCGUCACCUUCCCCUCUUUGACUGCAACGGCGAGCAGUAUCUGUUCUCCACCUUAUUCUGCAAGGUUAAGAAACAGGACAUCGUUGAUGCGCCUGAACCUAUCGUCCAACGCACUGGCUCACGCCGAUCUUCUUUUGAUCGUCCCUCAGGAAGCCCUCUUCAAGAGCCUACGACUACCAAGUCUCGCAGCUUCGUCAGACGCCUCAUCCGGGCCCCGAGCGAGCGCAGGAGGCGCAAAGAAGAACGCAUCGGCGCUGAAUCCCGCGAGUCGGAGCUUGACCAUUUCAGUCGUUCGAGUACGAUCGAGCGAUGA